AUGAGCGGAGAAGAAGGGAAGAGCAGAGGCGUCGCGGCCACCGGCGGAGCCAGUGAGCCACAGGCGGUACCGCCGGAGUAUUACUACGGGACUUUUCAAGGUGUGGCCAACUAUCAACAACAACCUCCACCACCUCAGCCGGUCAUCGGUUUCCCUCAGCCCACGCCACCGUCGGGUCUCCACGGCAAUCCUCCUCAUUACUAUUCCCAUGGUUAUCAAACCGUUCCAGGGUAUGCUAUUUCUGAAGGGGGAAUUAUACUUGUACGAGAGCAUAGGCUUCCUUGUUGUGGCAUUGGGAUUGGCUGGUUAUUGUAA